AUGGGUGUUCACAAUCUUCUGCCGUUCGUAAAGAACGCUUGUCGGCAGGGUAAUGUGACAGAAUUCUCCGGAUAUUCGGUUGCCAUGGACGUUAGCUGUUUAUUGUGUAAGAGUCUAUUUGGCUAUGUUGGAAGUAAGGCUCAAGGACUGAAAGCGAACUUGUCAGGCAUUACUUGUUCCAUAACAGCAAGAACUAAGAACUGGCACAAUGGGUUUAUAAAUAUCGUUAGUCCCGAAUCGUGGCAUUGCACGCAGUUUGGCCGUUUAUUAUUAUGA